AUGUGCUCCCUCUCUGAUGAGCUCGCGGCGGCGAGCAAACCACUCGGGGAGGGGAAGCUCAUCUCCUUCAUCGUCGCUGGGCUCGAUAUGGAGUAUCAGUUGAUCAUCUCUACACUCGACGUCCGCACCGAGCCCAUCACCAUCGACGCACUUUUUUCUCUGGUGGCGAACUUCGACCGACGGGUCGAGAUGUUCCAUGGGAACGGCGCGAGUGGCUUCAAAUCAUCCGCGAAUGCUACCUCUAGGGGUUGCUCGGGCGGCAACAAAGGAGGCUACCACAACCAGAGUGGGGGUCGCAGCGGCGGCUACCCUGGUGGUGGAUCUGGUAGCGGUGGCCAUCGCGCCGGCGGCGGCUAUGGCGCUGGUGGCGGUGCCUAUGCUGCUGGCGGAGGCGGCUAUAGCAAUGGUGGCGGCCCUGGUGGCGGCUAUCACUAG